GGCGGUUCAAUUCUUUCACUGUAACUAUCAACUGCAAAACUCCAGCGCGUGUGGUAAUAACCUGACGACCUACCAAAUUUCUUUUCAUCGCGUGUUUCAUGAAGGAGCCACCGUUGAAGAGAAAAGUCACUGCGAAAAUCGACUACAAUGGCGGUCAUAUAUCUCCUCGUUGGAACCCACCGUCUAGACCAGCAUCACCGACAAAGCAGCCGUUCCAGUCAUCUCUCUCACCGCCGGGCUUCCGUCCGACAGCCAAGGUCGGCUCCAACGCGACUGUCCGGAAGUUGUCAGGUUCGGUUUCGUUAAACGGCAUCAACAAUGUAACCCUCUCUCGACCUGGGUCACCUUCGAAGCCAGUCCGCAGUUCUGGUCCUUCCAUAGUCACGAAUCCCGUCAAAGCUCGCGUUACGGCGCGACCCGCAUCCAAGUCUACUACCACAUCUCCUGUGUCCAGUACAUCUCCUCUGGAGUCGCGCCAGCGAUCAUCCACCACUGUUGCGUCAAAGCUGCGACUUCCGCCCCAGGAAGACCGACCCCGUAGUGGCAGUGUUGCCCUACAUCACGCUCAGUCCACCUCAGCAUUACGGAGGAAUUCACCAUCACCCCGAACUCCGCUCUCUUCCGAACUACCACUUGUGCGCGUCGACCAAGAUCGUGCAUCGCCGUCGGCUCCUAUCAAGAUCAAAUCCAAGAUUUCUGGGUUAGCCAAAUCUCAUAGCAUCGAGACAGAACCUGUUCGUUCGCUAUCUCCACCACGGGCUACCUCCAGGUCCACUCAUACAAGACCACCCAUACCUUCACUUCCUUCAAACCUCUCGUUAAACGCGCCUCCAAGCCCUCCUAAUUCGACCACAGUGUCAUCUUUCUAUCCCAUCACGACCGCAGCCCCUGCUGCUAAUCCGCAUAGAUAUCCCUCACCACGACGCGCCCCCUCGCCUCCACUUUAUCCAUAUCAAACAUUUACUCCACCUGAAGGACCUUCGAAAGCAGCAGCCAGGCUGGUACUGAAAGCCAAGGUCGACCCUACUUCCAUUCCUCUUCCCCCAUAUUCACCGCCAAUAUCUGCAUUAUCAUUAUCAUCAAAGUCGUCCGUGUCUAGAAGUUCAUUGUCUUUGGAUCUCUCUCAUGCAAGCGCGCCAACGCUUAACUCUCACACGAACAAACGAUCGGAUACCGAAUUUUCUCGAGCCAGCAAUGUGCGCUCUAUUCAGAGCGACUAUGAUGGCACGAUUUCGCCUACAACCAACGGUCGACGAUCUAGCCAAGAUCGGGAUAGCGACCUUGACUCUGAAAACUCGGAGCACAAGGCAAGGGCUGCAGCCAAGUCCAAUCGAAAGAUCGCUGACUUAGAAAUAACGAAUGGAUCCCUGCUCCUGAUCAAUGCAUCACUUGAAACUACGAAGAAUCGGCAAGCCAAAGAGAUUCGGGAUCUCAAGCGGAAACUUCGUGAAUCCCGACUUAUUCUUCCCCCCCGAGCAUUCAGGGCUGCUCAGGCUGAGUCCCUUGACCGCAAAGAAGAAGAGGAUGAAGGGGAUGAUGAUGAUAGUGAGGAGGGUGAAGAUGGGCCUGACGAGGUUUAUGCAAGGGUGAAGGAUUUACUAGAGGGGCUUCUGGAAUCUGGCAGGAAAGCCUUGGAAAAGACUCCCGGCGAUUUUCGGCAGGGCCUCUCCACAAAAGUCCUGAAUGCCGAUGAAGUCCGUACAUGGAGAGAUUCAGGGCAGGAAUUUGAUGCUAUUCUUGAUGGCCGCAGUAGGGAGGCUCAUGUUACAGUCCCCCUCUCUCCCUCACACGUUGCUGUGCCUGACAGUGAUGAUGACCUCUCGGAGGACGAGGUCCAACUGCUAACUUUGCAACCAGAUACACCACCUCCAACGCAUUUACCUCCAAUCAUGAUCACGCCUUCAGAGUCUUUAUAAGUUUGUUACAUUCAUAACGCUUUACGUCCUGCACUGCUUCAUCAUGUAGACCUCGGAAUCAUUCGAUGAUACCCCACAAGCAUUUCACGUCCCGUCACAUUAUCCAAU